AUGGCUACGGACGCGGAGGAAGACCGGCCUUUGCUCGGACGUUCCCCUUCAUUUACUGGAAGUUCAAAGACGCUGAACAAUAGCGAUGAAGAAUCAUAUGGCUCGAUUGUACAGGGUACCACGCGUUCCAUCGAAGACGAUGUCCUACUGGAGACCUCGACUCUCGGACGCACCAUCAGCUGGCCGAGCGCCUAUAUCAUUGUUAUCUCCCGAGUGAUCGGAAGUGGCAUAUUCGCAACGCCGGGAGUCAUAGUGAAAUCCGUGGGAAGCGUGGGACUCAGCUUGUCUCUAUGGGUAGUCGGAGCGGUCAUUGCCGCAUGUGGUCUGGCUGUGACACUAGAGUAUGGGUGUAUGCUGCCUCGCUCAGGCGGCGAAAAGGUCUACCUCGAAUUCACGUAUCGCAAACCGAGAUUCCUUGCAUCGACUUUAGUAGCUGUACAGGCAGUGCUACUCGGCUUCACAGCAAGCAAUUGCAUCAUCUUCGCGCAAUAUACUCUCUUCGCGUUCGAUGUCGAGGCUACAGAUUUCCGACGUAAAUCGCUUGCCGUCGGCUUGCUUACCGCGAUUACCAUCGUCCACGGAUGUUUUCUUCGCACUGGAAUAUGGAUACAGAACGUUCUUGGCUGGAUCAAAGUCGGACUAGUAGUCUUCAUGGUCUUCGCUGGGCUUUUCGUCGUUGCUUUUCAAGAGCGCAACGUCGACGGCACUAAAAGCCAUUUUCCGACCGGAGAAGACCUAUGGGCCGACACGAAUUGGGAUUGGGGCAUCAUCGCAACCUCACUUUUCAAAGUGUUUUACUCGUACGCCGGCCUUGGGAACAUCAACAAUGUUUUGAACGAAGUAAAGAACCCAAUCCGAACGCUUAAAUCGGUAUCCGUUACUUCGCUAGUCUCAGCUUGCGUCCUGUAUCUUCUCGUCAACAUUGCUUAUUUUACGGUAAUUCCUUUGGAGGAGAUUCGACAUAGUAAAGAGCUCAUCGCGGCACUUUUCUUCGAGAAAAGCUUUGGUCCGAAAUGGGGUAAGACUGUGCUCCCUCUUGCUGUAGCACUUUCAGGAGCUGGGAAUGUCAUGGUCGUGACGUUCGCAUUGGUGUGUACCCAUCCACAUACACACUCCCUAUCUGCUAACGCUGCCAAGGCUCGUCUCAAUCAAGAAAUCGCGCGACAAGGCUUCCUCCCCUUCUCGAAGGCCAUCGCAUCUACCAAGCCCUUCAAUGCACCCAUGGGUGCUCUCAUCGUCCACUACAUUCCUUCACUGUUAGUGAUCGCGCUACCUCCAUCUAAUGAAGUCUACUCGUUUAUUCUAGAGGUGGAGGGCUACCCAGGCACCAUAUUCGCUUUAGCGCUCUCAAUUGGGCUACUUUAUCUGCGGUACAAACGGCCAGAUCUAAAACGACCCUUCAAGGCGUGGACUAUAGCUCCCAUAUUCAGGAUCCUGCUCUCUCUGGCACUGCUUGCUGCACCUUUCUUUCCACCAAAAGAGAAACCUGCUGGUGGCAUUUGGUAUGCUACGUAUGCAGUCGUUGGUGUUAGCAUGUAA